AUGAAGUUCCUUGCCUCUCUUGCCCUGUUGGCGUCUACUGUGGCUGCUAGCCCUAUGCUGUACCCCCGCCAGUCCAGCAACUCCACCCAGUCCUUCUACCUCAAGACCUCGGGCGCUUCCAACGAUAACCACAACAACCUCUACGUUUAUGCCUACCACACCGGUGCGGGAUUCAACGAUGCCGUGCUGACCUCGGAUGUCGGAACGGCCAGCCCGGCCUUCCUCAACGGCACCCACACCCAAUUCGACCUGGGAACUUCCUUCCCUUGGGGAUUCAAGAUGGGCGUCCAGAACAACUAUGCAGCAUGGGAGUCUGUCCAGAUCAAUGUUGGAUACGGCGAUGAUGAUUUCGCCAUUGGCACUACCGGUCUGGAGUGGUCGGCACAGGAUGGCUUCGGAGGCUGGCUAGUGUGCGAUUGGUACCCAACGCACCCCAGCUCUUCUACAUCUACCGCUACGAAGAGCCCACUAUUCCUUCCUCCUGCAGCACUGUCGACCUGA